GAGAAGGAGAAGGAAGAAGAGGAAGAGGAGGAGGGGACGAAGAAGGCGACGCCGAGCAGCGGCGGAGGGGCCGGGGCGCGCAGCACCCCCCCGCGCCGCCGGCCGUUGCGCAAUCCGCGGCCCGCCGUCCGGGCCCUGCGGGCGGCGCGGCUCCGGGGGCGGCGGCGGGGCUGAUUCAUGGGGCCGCGGCGGCCGCCCCCCCGCGCCCGGGCCCCCGGCGCCCCGCAGCCCGCGAUGGUGGCCGAGUGGCCGGAGCGGCGGCCGCCGCGGCCGGAGACUUUCUGCUAACCUCCCCGCCCCGCCGCCCCUCCCCGGCGCCCCCCGCCCCUCCCCUCCCCCCUGCCCGAAAGACGCGCAUCGCCGCCCGGAGUGGCGCCUCCAGUCGCGGCGGCCGCGGCGGUGGCGGCGGAUGGGGGGCGCGAGCGGGCGGCCGCGGCGGCUGCACCCGGUGGGGCGCUGAUGCGGCGCCUGGACCUUCGCUGCGCGACUUCGGGGGCGUCGGCCGAGUGGGCACUCCGCGAUGCAGCUCCUGAAGGCGCUCUGGGCACUCGCAGGGGCCGCGCUCUGCUGUUUCCUCGUCCUGGUGAUUCACGCUCAGUUCCUCAAAGAAGGUCAGCUGGCCGCCGGCACCUGUGAGAUUGUGACCCUGGACCGCGACAGCAGCCAGCCCAGGAGGACGAUCGCCCGGCAGACGGCUCGCUGUGCCUGCAGAAAGGGGCAGAUCGCGGGCACCACGAGAGCCCGGCCCGCCUGCGUGGACGCUCGGAUCAUCAAGACAAAGCAGUGGUGCGACAUGCUCCCGUGUCUGGAGGGUGAAGGCUGUGACCUGCUGAUCAACCGGUCAGGCUGGACGUGCACGCAGCCCGGAGGGCGGAUAAAGACCACCACGGUGCGUACGCGGCCCUGCUCGCUCUGGGACGCAGGGAGGGCGGCGGGCCCCGGGCACCGGGUCCUCGAGGGGAGGCGGCCCCACACCGGCGAUGGCGGGGGCAGUCGGCUUCCUGGUGUGGAGGGGCCGCGCCUGCCUCCACGCCCGCCUCGUUCUCUGGGCUCCAAUCAGUCGGUCCCUGGGCUGUCCCCGCCCCCUCGGGCCGUCACGGAGAGCGUGACAGAACCACUCAGGAGGUAGCUCAGGGCCCACGCA